AUGGUCGCAGGCAAGAACACUCCAGCGAGCCUAUCCCGCGCCGCCACACAGGCAAACCCCAAACUCCCUCCGUUACCGAAACUACGAGUCCGCAAACCAGACCGAGCGGCUGCCAAUCCUUGUCUGACGAUAAUGAGCACCAUGCUGGGUGAGACGCAACCACGAGAAGAGAACGAAUCGGAUAAUGAAAGGGCUAACGUAAGAUCUCAAGGAUGCUGGGCCUCCUCGGGCUAUACGACAGCAGGUUGCGCAGCGCUAGAGCAGCAAUUACGGGCAUGUAUGGAUGCGAGGGUAAGUUGGAGUACAGAAACGUAGUCCGCGAAUCUGGGUGCUGAUCUGCGAUGAUUACAGAAAGGAGGCGAGACUCAGAAGUCGCCUAUCAACCAUUAUCUUUCGCGGUUUUAUCCCCAGAUUAUUGGACCGCAUAAGAGGAAGUAG